AUGCAACCAUUUCGAGAUAUUGUUCCUGUAACACAGAACGGUUUUCCGAACGUUAUUAAUCCAAAUACUAAUUCCGAUUCCUCCCUUAAUCCCCCUAUUCCGAAGUACAAUAGUUUCCGUGGGAACAUGGCCAUUACAACUGAUAUGUAUAUCGGUCAGCAUGGUCGGCAUAAUCCUGCGACAACGCAAUUCGGUCAUACCCUUCAAUACCACCCAAACAGUAUCCCUCAGGGUCUCCACAAUCUUCCGAAUUCCGCUAAUUGUCAAAUUUCUUUCAAUGGAUUCGUCUCCUCCUCGCGAGUUUUGGACAUUUGGGCCAACAACUUCCACGAAGGUAUGCGAAUGGUACGAAGGUUGGCGAAAGGCGCGAGAUAUGUUGCUGUGGACACUGAAUUUCCCGGCGUUGUGGCAAAGGUUUUCGGUGAAUAUGUAAACACUUUCGACCAAGCAUAUCACAAUAUCAAAGUGAACAUCGAUAUGCUGCGUCCUAUUCAGAUUGGCUUCAGUUUCUUUGGUGAACGAGGACAGUGUGUAGAUUCGGUCGCUACUGUCCAGUUUAAUUUGAAGUGGAAUGUUGAUAAUGAAACGCAUGCUGCCGAUUCUAUUCAACUACUUCAAGACUGUGGAAUCGAUUUUUAUAAAUUGAAACGGGAUGGAAUCGAACAACAGGAUUUCGCGGAGGCUUUCAUUGGUAGCGGUCUGGCACUAAAUGACCAAAUCACGUGGAUUGGAUUUCAUAGUGCCUAUGACUUUGCUUAUAUGAUGAAAAUAUGCACCGACUGGCUCCAAAUGCCUGAACAUGUGUCGCAAUAUCAAGCCAUGUUACACAUGUUCUUCCCUCGCAUUGUUGAUCUUAAAUCAGUGAUGGCUGAGCACAAGUUCUCCAAAGGUGGCUUACAAGAGUUGGCUGAUGCUCUGCAUGUGCAGCGAGUCGGAUUCAAGCAUCAAGCUGGAAGCGAUUCAAUGCUUACUGGCGAAACGUUUUUCCGUUUCCUUGAUGAGCACUCCGCAGGGAAAUUGAACCCUCGUUUCGUGAACCUCGUUUACGGGCUCAACUUUUGUCCAAACGGUUCAACAAACUCUAUUUUACCCAUGAAUGGAUCUCCCCUGGAAUCUGCAACGCAUGGUGGGGUGUACAGUCCUGGCGCCUCCGGUUCUCAACACAAAGAAACACAUAGUGCUGACCAUUCUGGGAGGAACUCACCUGAGGGCUCCUUGAGUGGCCACAAAAGCAGUUGA